AACGGGAGGGGGGGGGCGGACGAGCGAGCAGGAAAGACCGACUCGGAAGAGCGGGGGAAGCCGAACGGAGCCGGCUUUACACCGCCCCCCCCCCCCCCGGUACAAUCUGCCGCCAUCCUCCCUCCACGCUCGCCAUCAGCCCGGCCAAGGGGGCCCUUUCUAGAGCGGAGAGGCCGCUCUCUCUGACCCGGCCGCUAUUGGGAGCUCAACAUGGCAGGAGCUGGAGGAGGAGGGAAUGACAUUCAGUGGUGUUUUUCUCAGGUGAAAGGGGCUGUAGAUGAUGACGUAGCAGAAGCGGAUAUAAUUUCUACGGUAGAAUUUAACCAUUCUGGAGAAUUACUAGCAACAGGAGACAAAGGAGGUAGAGUUGUCAUCUUUCAACAGGAGCAGGAGAACAAAAUCCAGUCUCUCAGCAGAGGGGAAUACAAUGUUUACAGUACUUUUCAAAGCCAUGAACCAGAAUUUGACUACUUGAAAAGUUUAGAAAUUGAAGAAAAGAUCAACAAAAUUAGGUGGUUACCCCAGAAAAAUGCUGCUCAGUUUUUAUUGUCUACAAACGAUAAAACAAUAAAGUUAUGGAAAAUAAGUGAAAGGGACAAAAGACCGGAGGGCUAUAACUUGAAGGAAGAAGAUGGGCGGUAUAGGGACCCUUCUACAGUUACAACACUACGGGUGCCAGUAUUCAGACCCAUGGAUCUUAUGGUUGAAGCCAGUCCACGAAGAAUAUUUGCAAAUGCUCACACGUAUCACAUCAACUCUAUCUCCAUCAAUAGUGAUUAUGAAACAUACCUAUCUGCAGAUGACUUGCGGAUUAAUCUGUGGCACCUAGAAAUUACAGACAGAAGUUUUAAUAUUGUAGAUAUUAAGCCUGCCAACAUGGAAGAGCUGACAGAGGUGAUAACAGCUGCAGAGUUCCAUCCUAACAGCUGUAAUACAUUUGUAUACAGCAGUAGUAAAGGAACAAUUCGUCUGUGUGACAUGAGAGCAUCGGCACUCUGUGACAGACAUUCAAAAUUGUUUGAAGAACCAGAAGACCCUAGCAACAGAUCGUUUUUCUCUGAAAUCAUCUCUUCCAUAUCUGAUGUAAAAUUCAGCCAUAGUGGUCGAUAUAUGAUGACUAGAGAUUAUCUGUCAGUGAAGAUCUGGGAUUUAAAUAUGGAAAACAGACCUGUGGAAACAUACCAGGUGCAUGAAUACCUCAGAAGUAAACUUUGUUCUCUGUAUGAGAAUGACUGCAUUUUUGACAAAUUUGAGUGCUGUUGGAAUGGAUCGGACAGUGUUGUCAUGACGGGAUCUUACAACAAUUUCUUCAGAAUGUUUGACAGAAACACGAAGCGAGACAUCACCUUAGAAGCAUCACGGGAAAAUAAUAAACCCCGCACUGUUUUGAAGCCCCGCAAAGUCUGUGCGAGUGGCAAGCGAAAGAAGGAUGAAAUUAGCGUUGACAGCCUAGACUUCAACAAGAAGAUACUACAUACAGCCUGGCAUCCCAAGGAAAAUAUCAUUGCUGUAGCUACUACAAACAACUUGUAUAUAUUUCAAGACAAAGUGAAUUAGGAUUGGCAUUCCUAACAGAAGAGUCCACUUCCUGCAUAGUUGAGAUAGUUGAAUCUAGCAUUUGUACCUGUAAAUGAAAGAGAAUAAAAGAGAGAGGUCCAUUGUGGCACCCCUUUCCAGUGUUUAAAAAUGUGCCAUAUGACACACUUUUUUUUAGCUACAUGGAGAAAGCUCUGUUGAUCCAUCACAGUGGUGUUCUCCAUGUUUGCUAGCCAUUUAGGUGAGGGUAGGGCACUUUUUAAUUUAAUGACUACUUGCACCAUCUUGCCUAAUGGACUAGAUUGGACUGUAUCAACAUUGGUUUACUCCACUUUUUAUGCCUUCCAUUGUGAUGACGUCAAACACAGGGAAAGCCUUCAGUCAUGCUAUGGGAUUUAAUUGUGUAACCUCAUUACUGUAUCAUUUGUGGCCCUUUUUUAUUAAAUGCAACUCAUUCUUGCUGUGGCUUGUAGCAUUCCUCCUCCUGGACUCCCCCUUCCCCUCCUUCAUUCCCUCCACCCAUCCCUGGUGGUGGCGUAUAGAAAAAAAUGAAAUAAAGCACAUGAAAUGGGUCAGUUUGGGGUCAGUGGUAAAGGGGUCUAUGUUGCGAACAAAUGUUUUAAUAAGCAGUUGACUGUAAUCACUCCUUGCCAUGUUUGGCACCAAAAAAGAGAAAAUAAGGAAGAAAAAAAAAACUACUGAAUAAAAGUGACAAAGAAUGAAGAAUCUGGGUUUUUUUCUCCUUUUUUUUAAUCUACCUCUUUAUACAAAUAUUCUGUGUUUUACCUUAGAUGCAUGAAAAUAAUGUCUUUUUGUAAUAAUUUUAACGAGUAUUAAUUAUUAUUUUUCAGCAGGCAGGGGAGAGAGGGAGGGUUUUCGCAACUGUCUGGCUGUCAUUCAUGUAUGAAAAUGAACAUUCUGAUUCUGGUAUUUAUUGACCAUUUCCAUUUCAAAAACCUUGAAAUGCUACCAGACUUUGCCAUAGUCAUGAACAGUAAUUGACCUGUUCCGUCUCCUAAAAGCCCCUUUAUCUGUUAAUUAAACUAUCCUUUAUGUCUGAGUGUCUGAAUUUGUAGAAUUCAAAUCCAUUUAUUGGGGACUAACUUUUUAAUCUCAUCCUAAUUUUAUGUAAUGCUUUGUUUAGAAUACAAAGCCAGUGUUUUUUAAUUGUUGUUAAAAUUCUUGUUCAACAGUAUGAUGUAGUAGAAAACUAAUCUCAAGUGAUUAUAGAUGAGAAUUUACACUGCAUUCUGAGUACAUAUAUAUUUUCUGUAUUUUAUUGCUAUCACUGUCUGAAUGGAAAUGUAGAUUACCAUAUGAGUGCUGCUCCUUUCUUCUGGCUUUUUAAAGCAAUUAAAGAUCAACUUCAAAAGGUACAAUGAUCAGAAAAUGCUUGAAGUACAGAAACUGCAUGAAAUAAAUCUUAAUAGUUGUCUGUAAGUUGAUUUUAAACUCUUUUUAAGUAAAUAAGGCUUAUCCAAAGAUGAAGUAUUGGAUACUAACAUUUUUUAAAGCUUGUGGGUUUUUACCUCCAAUAUGUUUUUGCUAAUUGUGCUCUUCUGGUGCACUAUAAGGUCUAAGUUGUACUUACCAUUCAACAAACAGUCAAUGGCGUUUUAGUCCAUAGUAAAGCCUACCAUUGAUUGGGAGGAACUAUACUUCUAAAUCAACUGUUUAAAUUCUUUUUGUGAUUUAGUUGUAAGUAAAAACUUCUAUAAUGCUUCAAUAACCCAAUCAACGUAAACAUUGUUUCUGCUGUAAAAUGUUAGCAGGAUUGCACAUCGUUAACAGGAUCACUGAUGCAACACUAUGCCUUAGUUUCAUUCAAACUUGUAUAGUGUUUUGGAAAUGUUAAACGCUCUAAAUAUUUAUUACGUUUUGCUUUGCGUGGAUACAAUAUAUAACUCUUUUGUAACAUUGACCUGUGAGGAAUUUUGUGAGAGUAUGAGCUAUACCUUUAUCCAUUUUCAUUUGUUGGCCUUACCAAAAUUUAACACUCCUAGGGAUCGUAACUGAUGGGCAAGUCAAAUAUUAAGCCCCAGCCUCACAUAUUAUUGUGCACUAGCUUAAUUUUGUUCAAAUUAUUAGUCUCCUUGAAGUAUUUGGAACUACUUGUGUGAGUAAAGUUAAUUGCAUACACAAGUGUUCCCAAGAUCAAGGCUGAGGUUUGUUCAUUACCCUGGUCAUGGGAGUGGAUAGGCAAUUAGAUUUUUUUUGUGCCAGGGCUGAUAAAGCAAAGAUGGUUGUAUGUCUAAUCACAUCUGUUGUUUUGGGACAAUCUGAGUGUUCUGUAGGGGGUUGUGGCAUCUGUAAGGAGUGCUGUUUUACUCGCAUGUUUAACUUGUGUGUGUAUUCUGGAUGGCAUAUUGAAUAGCUGAACAUGUCGCUUAUCAAAGACACGAAAUUGAAUCUGGGAUGGAACGAAGAUGCAGACUGUGAACAGGUAGAUUUCACAAACAGCCUGAAGCACAACUUUCUAGCAAUACUGAAUUAAAGUAAAACUGCCUCUGGGACCUCUGUUGUGCUUGUCAGGAGUGCCCAUGGUUUUAAAAGGAUAAAGUGGCUUUAGGAGAGCCUGAACUUUGCCAUGCCACUCCGUAUCACUAACAAAUCCCUCUCCCCCAAAACCAGCUACUGAUUGAGGUUGCUAGAUAUUUUCCAACUAUAUAUUAUAAUUCUUUAAUCACACUGUCCAUUGACGUACACUGUAAAUCCUGCUGAUCAGUUUAUAUGCUAAUGCUAAUUCUAUUUUCUAUUAAUAAAAAGUAUGCAUAA